GACUUAUCCUCGGCAUGUAUUCUUGAUUGAAUAAGUAAAGUUUAUCUAACUGAUUGAAAUCUCUUCCUAAUAUACUUAUACAUUCUUAUAUAUUCUGUCUGUUAUCGUCUAUUAUUUAAAUUGAUAAUCUAUUAAGAUAAUCAAUAAAUCGAUGUAAAUAUAUUGUAAGGCAUUCAAAGUAUGAUUUAUACUUAACUUAUUUGAAGAAUGCUAAACUGUUCCUGGUUCAUAAUAAUUUGUCUUUUAAUUAGUUAUGUCUUUGCUAGUAGAAAUUUAAAAUAUAGAUGGGGUCAGUGGUCUUCGACACCCUUAACUUGUUCCGUUACUUGUGGUAAUGGAGUAAGAUGUCGAGUUCGAAGUUGUCUUGAUGGAUAUGGUAAUGUACAGUCAUCAACAGUGAUGUGUGAAAGUUCAAAUCCAUAUGAAUCUCAAGCUAAAGAAUGUAUACCAUGUUUUGUCAAUACACGUUGCCCACGUAUUCCAGGUUGGGGAACAUGGAGUUCAUGGUCAUCAUGUCUUCCUACAGGUGGGCAAAACAUUAAUGGGCAAGGAUGUCAUACAGGAAGUAGGACACGUUACCGAUUUUGUAACAAUCCUCCUCCAGAACCAUAUGGGUUCAAUUGUUCUGGGAUUAGUCAUCAGACUACAGAAUGUGAUCAUAAUUGUGUAGAUGAAUAUUUUAGUAGCCUUGAUGAUAUUGCUGACAAAAUAACUUUCCAGGUUGCAAAAGAUCAACUUAACUUGAAUGCAUAUCAAAAUAUUCUACGAAUGCAUGUUAAGCAAAGUGCUCGAAUGGACUGUGUAACACCAGCUUACAACCUUGCCAAAAAAUUAACUUCUCGAGGAAUUUUCGGUCUAACCUCUCGAUUAUUUAAAGAGCAUACUUUGACUAUAAAAUGGCUUAAAAAUGGAAGAUCGAUAAAUCCAACCGAUUCUAGCUCAGGAUCUGUAUCUGAACGAUUUUACAGAACUAAAAAGCCUAAGGAUAAUCAAAAUAGACUGUUUGAUGAAGAAAUGAAAUGGAAUCUACUGCCAGAGAUAUCUUCAUUUUACAUGGAGGAUACAUAUUUAGUCUUUCCAAGUAUAGAUCACAAUGAUCAAGGUUUUUAUACCUGCCAAAUGACAUUUGGGAAUCACAAGUGGAAUACAAUCUUUUAUACCUUAAUUGUUACUGGUGUAAAGUAUAUUGCACUAGAAGGUAAUCCGUUUUAUCUUUAUUCUAAUCUAGGAUAUUUUAAUGCAUUGGAUAAUACAGCUGUUUGGAUGGAAUCAGCUCAAAUAGUAUGGAAAUUGAAUGGCUAUGAAUAUUCACGUAACUUAGCUUUACGAUUAAAUCGACGCAUUCAAUUAAUUCCUUAUUUAAAUUUAACACAUCAUGGAACGUGGAAAUGCUUUUUAUUUAUUCAAACGUAUCGUUUACCAAGUCAAGCCGAUAAUCCACGGACAUCUAUUAAUAGGAUAUAUUUAAUUAAUGAGUUUUAUUUAAAAAUUUAUCCAAUGCAACCUAGUUUAUGGCAAUCAAUUGAAUAUCCAAUCACAACUAGAGCGUUGAAACAAACAACUGUGGUUUUACUAACGAUUGGUUUGGUUCUGACUCUAAUUAUAUUAUUAAAUAUAUGGGCUGCUAGACGUUGGAUAAAACGAACACUAACAAUUGAUCAACAAAAGGCUAUUAUACAAGAAUUGUUAGAUAAUGAAUGUAGAUUAUUAUUGGCCUGUAGAAAACGGGCUAGUAUAAAUAAGAACAGAUUAUUACCACUAAUUUUACAAGAAGACAAACGUUUACAGAAAGCUAGUAGAGCUUUAGGUUUAGAUAAUGAACAACAACAAAUUGAAACAAAUUAGAACUCCGUAUAAAAUGAUCAGAUUAAUAGACCUCAAUUCAUUGAUACGUUGAGUGAUGUCAGGAGAAAUUCACUGUUAUCAGUAAUGUCUGGAAAAAGAUAUAGUGUGAAGAAAUCACCUUUAGAAAUACAUUUUAAUAAUUUCGCGUUCUUUCUUUGUGCUGCCACUCAAUAGUUGUUUGUUUAAGUUGUUAUGCCAGUUACAUAAUCUCAUUCAAAUUGUAGAUUUAUAAUGAUAACGUUUUUGAUAAUUGUCUAAUAGUAUCACAGGUACAAUUAGAUUUCAGAUAAUUAAACUUUGUUGAAUUCAAUUGAUAAAUAAG